GAAACCGGAAGUGGCCGGGCCCUCGCCGGAGGGACCGGGCAGGGCGGAAGUCACUCGGUGAGGCAGUGGCGACAGCGGCGGCGAGAGGAUGAACAACAAGUUCGACGCCUUGAAAGAUGAUGACAGUGGGGACCAUGAUCAGAAUGAAGAAAACAGCACACAGAAAGAUGGUGAGAAGGAAAAAAUGGAACGAGACAAGAGUCAGAGCAGUGGCAAGAGAAAGGCUGUUGUCCCUGGACCAGCAGAGCACCCUCUGCAGUACAACUAUACUUUCUGGUACUCUCGGAGGACUCCCGGCCGUCCCACCAGCUCACAGAGCUAUGAGCAAAACAUUAAGCAGAUUGGCACUUUUGCCUCUGUGGAGCAGUUCUGGAGGUUUUAUAGCCACAUGGUACGUCCCGGGGACCUGACAGGCCACAGUGACUUUCAUCUCUUCAAAGAAGGGAUUAAACCUAUGUGGGAGGAUGAUGCAAAUAAAAAUGGUGGCAAGUGGAUCAUUCGGUUGCGAAAGGGCUUGGCUUCCCGUUGCUGGGAAAAUCUCAUCCUGGCCAUGCUGGGGGAGCAGUUCAUGGUUGGGGAGGAGAUCUGUGGGGCUGUGGUCUCUGUCCGCUUCCAGGAGGACAUUAUUUCUAUAUGGAAUAAGACUGCCAGCGACCAAGCAACCACAGCCCGAAUCCGGGACACACUUCGGCGUGUGCUUAACCUACCUCCCAACACCAUUAUGGAAUACAAAACUCACACCGACAGCAUCAAGGCCUGGGAGGAGUUUCAUGGCCUGGUGAACAGCAGCGGCCGCUGAUCGGACGCUCCCCCUCUGUCUCUCACACUCAGGGGACAAUUCAAGCUUUCGAAAUACAAAAAUCACAUUGUGAAAGUACACAAGCUGGCAAUAACCCUUUUCUGUCUGUGUGUCUGUCCGAAAUGGAUGGGAGGCUCCAGGCAGUCCUUUUGUCUGCUCACUGAAGGGAUGUACCUGAGCCACGUACUCCCCUUUUGCACUCAUUCCUGGAGGAUGGAUUCCACUAGACACCCUCCAGCAUCACUGACUAUAACAUGCAAAGAUGGAGAAUGGGACUUUGUAAUAGACAAACAUUGUUUUCAGUGUGGUUCUGUGGGGGGGAUGCAGCCUUUCAUCUUGCUGUGUGCUGUGUAGAUGCCUCGUGGUGUCCUAUUGUACUUUUGCUGUGCAAAGGACACUGUGGCCAUGUGAACAUGCCUGUGCUGGGGCUGGGCUGAGGGUUAUCAGUAUUAUGAAUGCCUGCACACUCAUAAACAGCCUCUGCCGAGAGUCCCAGCAGAACCGAAUGCCUCUUCUAGCUCUGCUGUCUAGUUGCUGUGUGUUCCUCUUACACUCUGAGGAUGUCAUUGAUGUGUGACUGCCUAGGAUUUUGUCAUUUCCACCUUAUGCCUGCCACUUCCCCUCUGUGGGACUCUCCUUGGGUGACCCAGUCUGCAGCAGUGUUGGUUCUGCUGACAUGAGUCGGGGUCUGCCUUGGUGAUGUAAUCCAGUUGGGAGCUAGGUUACAGUGCAGGUCCUAAGUGCAGGCUCGGAGCUGAGAGCAGUGACUGAAACCAGCUCUCCACACGAGCAGGGCCUGUGUGCCAUGCCUAUUUCUGAGGGUCCUUUCAUGUCCCACAUUGAGGAAGGGAAGUGACAGCUGGUUAUUGCCACCUAUUGACAUUUAGUAUAUACAUUUCUUCCACCCUGAAAUUGGGACAUCUGAAGAAAUGGUGACCUUGCUGGAUGCUUAACUUGAUGGCUGUGCCUGUCUGCAGUGGAUGUAAAGUGCUGCUAUAGUAGUCCUCAUCACCUGGAAUGUGACGCCACGAUGCCCAGAGAGAGGCCUUGUGAAGGCUCCUGCAGGCUGCCCCUCGUCAGAAAAGCUGGGCCAUCCGACUCCAGAAGGACUGAGGCCAGAGAGGUCAAACACCCAGGAUCCAAGGAAGGAAUGAACAACUCCAGGAGCUGCAAGCAGCACUGUCUACUUGGCUCUGGUGAGCAGAGAUCGCAGUACCUUAAAUUAAGGCCUCUCUUUAAAACAUAUCCUUGAAGCCUGGGGAUUCUCACACCGGGUGUCAGGAAUCACAUGAGAGCAACAGACAUCUCUCCUGACCCCCCAGCUUUGGAAUCCCUUCGAAUCACUGCUGUCUGGGGAUGCUGUUCUCAAAGAGCAGGAAGUACAGGAGCCAGGACCGGGUUCUUUCGGUCCAGGUGAAACUUGAUUGAAACUCCAAGGUUAUGAAGAAGGCAUUCUGGGGUGCAGACAGUAGUGAAAGGCUUGGGAAGAACAGGAGCAGCUUGGCGACCAUGGGCAGAGGUGGCCUCUGCAGAUGACACGCACGCCCAGGGGCCUUCAUGCUCACCACUCACUGCCAUGACAGCUCCAAAGAGAAGAGCACGCGGCUGACUUUGCCCUCCUUGGGACAACUCCCUGACUGGGGCUGUGUAUGUGCGCAGUUUGCCUGUGUGUGAGGCUGCAUCAGUCCUAGUGGUCACUUCCCAUUUGUUCAUGUUUCCCCUUGCUCUUGGUCUUGUAAUACUUGACAGUCAAUUUUUUUGCCAUCAAAAAUUCGCUGACCCAGCUAGAGGUGGAGGGUUGCCAUUUGUUGUCGUCCAACCCGGUUCUACAGAGUUGAGUUCCAGGUGAGCCUGGGCUAGAGUGAGAUUCUGCCUUGAAAAAACAAAACAAAUCCAUGCUGACCCUGUGCCAGUUACAGCAAGGGGCUGUCCCUGUUAGGCAGCUUUUAAGCCCAGUGUUCUCCCAGGUACUCUGUCUAACAGCUCAGGGGCAGAUUGAUGGUUACCCAAACACCCAUUCUUUCCAAACCUGCCUGGGAGGCGUCUCCGUUUAUGUUGACUGCAUAGGCCUCUGGUAGACUGAAUUUUAACACGGUUAUGGUUAUAGUACCACCUGUUCUAGAAAUAGAUGAGAGAAGGCCUACCAGGGCUGAUGUGACCAACGUGAUACGUUGCUGCUGGAGAAGGGACAGUCACAAUUGGGGCAGAUCUCCCUGCCUCCAUUACUGACUUCUGUCUGAAACUGGCCGCCGCCCCUCUCUAGAGCCCUUCUCUGUGUCCUGUUCAUGUGUGUGAUGUCUGUGACACUGGCAAUGGCAGUAUUUCUCCAUCCAGAGAGAAGUCUUUCAACGAUCCAAGGAUGAAUUUGCCAGGAGCAAAGGCUGUGGCGGGGGAGCAGAGCUGCACUUUGAGAGCAGCUGUCUGCUGCAGUAAUAAAUGGGAAUGUCGGCAGA